AUGUGGAGGGCAGGACGAGCCAGGAGGACGCAGGAGAUGGUGCAGGAGGAGACGAGGAGGAGCGAUCUUAGCUUCCUUCACUUGGACGCGCUCAAGUCAGCAUUGUCGAGUCCUCGUGAUAGACCCUGGAACAGCACACCCUGGCCCCCGCCACCGCAGCGCGAGCCCUCCUUCUAUCCUAAGCGCCGGAUGGAGGAAGUAGGAAUGAUGAGGAAACGAAUGGAAGAGAUGUACAGGGAGAGGUACGAACAAGCAACCAGCUCCGUUGACCGACUUGUUCGCCUUGUCAACAACCAGCCUGACCCUCUAGCGUUCUAUCCUCCCAUUCACAAAGCGCCUCCCCUACCAUCGGUCAACCCGUCUGACUCCUUGUACAAGGCAGCAUAUGAGAACAUUCUGAGAGCAAACGCGAUCUUCUCAGAGGAGGCAGAGCGGAUGAAGGCAAUCCUGAAUGAUCCUGCUAGGAGCAGCAGCUGGGCCAGCCAGCCGUCUCCCCGCCAGCCGGACACAAGGAGGGUAACGGGUGAGCAAGGGACGAGCAGGUACCGAGGUACCCAGGGGUCGGAUGUGCCAGCGUCCGAUGCUCCGCCAUGGAGCAGCGAGAGGAGAGUUGACUUCUCGCCUCGUCUACAGUCGGGUGGUGAAGGGACUGGGACGAAGCCUGCGGAAGGGGAAGCAGUGAACCCGAAGUCGGAUGUCUCCGAUGUGAUAGCGGACAGGACAAGACAGAGGGUGCAGCAGGAGGUGAGGGAACGGAUCAGGAAGGCAGCAGCAGCGAGGAAGGAGCCGUCGCCUCCUCGCCCUCGCAACUCUCCUCGCAUUAGCCCACCUUUGCACCAGGACAGAAACAAUUUCGAGCUCAGCCACAUCAUGCGCUUGCAGUACCCCAGCCAACCUCUGCCAGGACUGCACCUGCACCAGCACCAGCACCAGCACCAGCACCAGCACCAGCACCAGCACCAGCAGGAACGGUCGGAGGUCUUCAAACUGUCUGAGGAGACGUGGGGAGGGAGGGCGGGGCAAGAGGAAAGAUACCUAGGAAGGAGCUCUAACCUAUUCCCCGGUGGCAACUCCCUCCCCUCCCUUGCAGAGGCAGCGGAGGAGCAGCAACCUGUCAUAGCCCUCCAUUCGCAGGAUCACAUGGACCGAGCAGGGCGAGGAGAGGAGCCUCCCCGUCCUGCGCCAACCCAGGGCAGCGCUGAGAAGAUCGUCGCCUUCCAACAGGAAGCCAACAGAGAAAGUCUGGCGGUACCGCAGUCCUCCUCGGAGGCUCCCAAGUUCCGAACGCUCAUCACUUCCAAGAUCCCUGAGAUAGGAUGGAGCGCGGACCAGAGCGAGCUCACAGACACGCCAGAGGACGAGGACGAGGACGAGGACGAGUUUGACUUGGACGAGGACGAGGAACAUGAAGCGAGGGACCUUGCGAGCAUUCAUGAGUUCCUCACUUUCAAGCACUACGUGAAGAUUAUCAGGCAGAAGGAGCUCGUCCCGCAGAUGUUCUCGCUGCACGAGGCAGUUACAGCCUUCCAUGAAUUCUCACAGUUCCAUGCGGAAUCCGGUCGGGACGAGAAGACACUGAGCGUGACAGACUUCCAGAGUUUGCUGGAGCUGCUGCUGGAGUGA